AUGGACUGGCAACCGUACAUAACAGGAUACAUAGUCCGAAGUGUCCUGUCGGGACUAGUCAUCCUCCCGGCCUUGGGGGUCUCUGCUCUUGCUCUUCGUAAACUCGGAGCCAAGCAUGACCCCACGCGCCGAUGGGUCGACUUUACCAAAGCAGCCUUAGGACUCUGGAGCAUAUCCCAACUUCUUAUUCUCGUCUGCUGGAUUAUCUACGCGGUCGAAUACUCCCAGCGGCAAAACGGCAAGGGUUAUUUUGGCCCAGAUUAUACUACUCCCUACAUUUAUAUUGUCGGCUCGCUGCUUAGCACACUGGGGCAACUCGCCCUUCUUCUUGCCUUCUUCUUCCUCGCCCACGCCCUGGAUCAGCUCCGUGGCAGUGCUACGACUGAUGACUCCAGGACCUUUUCCGUUCGCAGAAAGGUAGUAUUUGGCGGGUCAGCUCUGAUUGCUCUCGUAGAGGUAGCAGUCUUCUGCUGCUAUAUCGCCUCUCAGAUCAUGUUCAAGGUUCUACCAGGGAGGGAUCGCUACGUGCGAGGAGAUUGGGACAACGCGAUCAGGUUGUCAUUGGCUUAUGAGUAUAUGUCAGCUAGCGUUAACUGCAUGUUUCUGAUUUCUGCCGUCGGCAUGACGAUCUAUGCUUUUCAGGCUCAGAGAAAGGCCAGGGGUAGCCCUGUUCAGAAGGCUGCCACCCUUUUGCUCAUCGCAGUAUCCCUUUGGCUCGUUGCAAGAAUUUGGGGCUUUAUCACCACCGUGAUGUCGUUGGCGAUGGUUUGGUGGGGCUCGGCUUACGUUGGAAUCAUCGACACUAUCCUCGCUAUCUGGACUACGUUCGCGGCUCUGAUGCUUUUCUACACUUUGGCUUCCAACGACGCAUACGGGUUGUCAAGACUGCAUUACCAGGAAGAAGAAGAUGAGGGGCGUGUUUGGGAAGAUCGAACAUAA